AUGAUGAGGCACAUUCUGGUCGUCUUUCUUGUUGGAUGCUCCCUUACGGUUCUUGUUGACGGAAAUGUGGAUGCCAUUCUGGAGACCGUGAGAGACCUGGUGAAGCAGAUGGUUCCCAGCGGGGAGAUGCAGCAGCGAUUCCUGGCAAAGGUCGACGAGAGCAGGGAGUGCCUCGAGAUGGCCAAGGGAAUCAACCCCGACGUCGUGAAGAAGCUCAUGGACGGAAUAAUUCCCACCGCGGCCAGCUGCGCAGCCAAGACUGUGGGCGUCGCCGAUUUCGCUGAAAGAAAAGCUAUCAUGAAAACAUGCGUCCAGGAAAAAGCCGACUCAUUCAAGAAGUCAAGUGGUUUGACUGACGAGGAGCUCGCCAAGUUUGAUAUGGCUAAGAAAUGUCUAGAGGAUAAGAUUCAAGUUUGA